GUCCAAGAAACCAUCCGAACUUGAGCUUCGCUAUCAUCUCAUUCACAUCACAAUCUGCCUGUUUUUCUUCUCCCCCAUCGCCACAUGGCUCCUUCUAUUGAUCCUCAUCAAUAAAAACAAGAACCCAUCUUUUGAUUUUUCUCAAAUCCCUAAUUAAUACACUUUACUUAUAAUUUAAUCACCCUUCUUAUUUCUCAUCUUGAUGGUUACAUCUUCAUCUUCUUUGAGAUCUCCGUAUACUCUGUUCUUCAAUCUCUCGUCACAACCCCAGAAGAAAGAGAUACAGGAUUUCUUAUACUAUGAAUCCACAGUUGAGGAAAUCAAGCUCGAGUGUUUCCGUAUCCGCACAAGAUCAACCAAAGUUGAUUAAAUGAGGUGCGGAAGGGAAUUGAGAAGCAUAAGUCCAUUGACAAGAUCAAACAGCGGCUUAAGGAUGAGUAUACUCGUUAUUUAUCUGAUGAAUCUAUUUCAAGAUAUCUAAGGGCACGAAAUUGGAACGUUAAAAAAGCAGAAAAAAUGCUUGAAACAUCCCUAAUAUGGAGAAUGAGUUACAGGCCCGAAGAUAUUCGUUGGGAUCAUAUUGCGCCCGAGGCAGAAACGGGAAAAAUCUAUCGAUCAAGUUUUAUGGACAAGCAAGGGAGGACCAUACUCGUUAUGAGACCAAAAUGCCAGAACUCCAAGUCAACGCGAGCACAAAUAAAAUAUUUGGUAUAUUGCAUGGAAAACGCGAUACUUAAUUUGCCACCAGAACAAGAACAAAUGGUUUGGUUGAUUGAUUUUCAUGGGUUUAGUAUGUCGAAUGUAUCCAUCAAGACCACAAAAGAAACAGCUCAUAUUUUGCAAGAUCACUAUCCCGAGAGGCUCGGCCUAGCAAUUCUUUACAAUCCACCCAGAUUCUUUGAACCAUUUUGGAGGGUUGUGAAACCGUUUCUGGAGCCAAAAACCGCAAACAAAGUGAAGUUUGUAUAUUCGGAUGAUCCAAACACAAAGAACAUCAUGGAAAGCAUGUUUUACAUAGACAGACUCGAGUCUGCAUUUGGCGGGAAAAAUGAAGCAAAAUUUGACCUUAAAAUAUAUGCAGCAAGAAUGAAAGAAGAUGAUGCAAAGAGAGUUGCUCUUUGUAAUGGAGAAUGCAGCUCAAGCACACCAAGGGGUCGGGGCUCCACUUUCUCCGAAUUCACCGCCACAAAUUCUGAUUCUGAUUCCGAUGGCGGGAAACCAAAGUCGCCGGAGAUUAAUGAGGAGGCCAUAUUGGCGGAAGCUCAAAAGAUCGAGGCGGCUGAUGGUGGUGGAAGAGGUGCCCGGAUUGAGGCUUAGUAAAUUGCCCAUUUUUUCAGCUCGUUUUUUUAAUUUGAAACUUACGUUUUUUUUUUUUUUUCUUUUGGCUAACUUGACAUCAUUGAAGGCUGU